GUAUAUAGGUAAAAAAGUUUUUGUCAACGUAUAUAGUAUAGACCUGUGAAUAUACAAUUUUGGAUUUUGUCAACGUAGUAUUUUUGUAAUUAAGAAAAUCUGCGUGACAAUGCACGAGCGAGAGUGCAUGGAAAGGCCAAGCCACGUACAUGCCGGAAAAGCCUGGAAUCGUCCUCCGGCGACCAGAUAUUUCUUUCAGGGUAAGGCAAAUUGUCUCUCGUCUCACGUCACAUUUCUUUCUUUUGAUUUUCUAAUUUAUAAACUUUUGUUAAUAAUGUCAAAUUACGUCACACACACGUCGAAAAAUAUUAACAAUUACAUAUUUGAAUGUGACCCGUCAUGUUCUGUUAUGGAUCUUCUUUUUCUCUUCACUUUUAUUUAUUUGUAUCUUUUCUUUGACCAAUCAACCAUUUCCCCAAUCCCCACCCAAGUAUAUAAUUACCAGUCGACAUACAUAUUCGAUUGGUCGUAUAUUAUUUAGUCAAAAUAUCUUAUCCGACCAAUGGCAUCUCCAAACCCUACUCCACUUUUGACUCUAAACUCAAUUAUAGAAUAAAAUCUUCUCCAACCCCAUUCUAUAUUCAACUCCAAAAUGGAGUAAUGGCUAGGAUUACUCCACUUAUAGAGUAAUCUUAUCCAUUACUCCAUUUUGGAGUUGAACUUUUUAUAUUUAUAAAAUUAUCAUUUUAAUCUUUAAUAUUUUUAUUUCAUACUUAAAAUAAUAUAAUAACAUGAAAAAAUAUAAUACUCUGCAAAAGAUUACUUUAUAGUUUAUAUAAAAUAUGCAUAAACUCAUAAAAGUCAAAACUAAAAAUAAAUAAUAUAAAAUAAAUAUAAUAUAAAUAAGUAAUUUAAUAAUUAAUUCGGUAAAUUGUUUUUGAAACUACCAAAAUCGGUGAAGCAUUAUUCAAACGGAAUAGAUGAAUUUUUUAAUCUUGUGGGUCAAAAUUUUGAUUGAUAACAUUUGUACUUGUUGAACUUGAUAUAUGUACAAACAAUAAGACCCAAUACAUAAUUCAAAUUACAAAACAAAACUUUGUUUUUUCUUUAUGUUCUUUUAAUGCAUAUAAAUAUUUUUGAAUUAGAAAAAUUCCAUAUGAUAAAAUCUGUACGAAUUGAAAUUGGAAGAUAAUCUCUAGUUGUAUUUUAAUGAUAAAUAUUGAAUUUAAAUAAAAUAUAUUAUUAUGGAAAUUUUGUAAACAUAAAGUAGUUGAGUUAAUUGUUAAAUGUUUAUAAGUUGAAGGUACUACUAACAAUUAUUAACUAAAUGUAAAAAUAAAUAUUUUGUUUGGAGUAAAAAAUGGAGUAAUACAUUGGAGUAAAACUAACUGCAUUUUGGAGUUACACCAUUUUGAAGUAAAAUUUGGAGAAAUACAUUGGAGAUGCUCUAAGGACAAUGACUAUAAAGCUCGAAACUGAAUGGUUUGUAAUAUUACUAACAUAUAGUUGAAACUGAAAAUAUCCAUUCUACAAGAUCAAUGGGUGAUGCUUAAGGUAAUGCAUAAAUAUUGACUGUUUUAACCAUUCAGAUAUAGAAGAAUAUCACUGUCAGUCAUUUGAUUCCAAAUAUUGUGUACAACGACUCAAUAAUGAGAAAAAUAAUAUUAAUAAUAUCAGAGAUAAGACAUCGAAGAUUAUUCAGGGUUUGGUAGAAUCGACACUACGUACCCACUUCAAAAAAAAAAGUUUGCAUCUUAGAUGUCGUUGUGACAUACUAUAUUCCUUCUUUAAUUAUAUAAAAAAAGACAUAUAUUCCUUCUUUGAAUUUAAAUGUCUUAUUAACAACUACGGAAUCAUUCAUGUCUUAACAACUAACUAAUCAUUCACCUUUUAUACUUUCCGAAAUUCAUGUAUUUAUAAUCAUAGAUAGCUAAAUACAAUGUCCACUAAAUUUCAUCAUGCAAAUUUAUAAUAAUAAAUUAUAUUAUAUUUUCAUUAAAACUAAUAUGGUAUAUACACCAUGUGAAUAUCACAUGGGUGACGAAUUGAUGAAACAACAUGUAUAUUAUAUGGUGGGAUCCAAUUCAAAUGGAUCUCCUUUGUGUGUGUUUUAUUUAACUCUCUUCAUUCUUCUUUAUUGCUUUAUAUAUGAAAUAAAUAAAUUAUAACCGAUCUUUCUUAUCAUAGCAUGAAAUUAAAGUAAUAAAGACAUCUGAAAGUAGCAUUGCCAACGCAGAAAGCUCCAAAGCCACGACGUCCCCUUCUGCAUGGCUCUAUUCGAUCGCUCUCACCUAUUUUAAAAGUUUUACGUAAUAUCUGAUUUUAUUUUAUCUUGUUUCGUGUUUCAGUUAAAUAGGAAACAUAUCUCAUCUCCUAUACAUAUAUAUAGAUUUAUGUGAAAAAUUAAAAACAGAUUAGAAAAGGAGAAAAGAAAAGUAAAAAAAGAAGAAGCUUAUUUUGCCAACUUGUAGGUUAAAAAAAGCUUAUAAAAGAAUAAAAGUUUUUCAAAAAAAAGAAAGAAUAAAAGACUAACGUCAUUCCGAGUUAUCAUCUUUCUUUUCUUUUUAAACUUUUUCUUAAAAAAAAAAACAUUUUAGGCAUCUUUAAUAUCAAACCUUUUAAGUUUAAAUUGUUAUUCGGAUCAUCAAUUUGAAUGAAAUGCUAAGUUGUUUUGUUAUUUGUAAAUCAGAAACAAAAACCUAAAACACUUCACCAGUUCUUGAGAUUACUUCACCAGUUUGUGUCUUUACAUGGAUUUGGUAGUUGCAAAACCUUUAUUUAUUCAUUUUUUCUCAAAAACAAUAAAGAAAAUCAGAGCAUAUGCUUGAUCUUCUUAUUGCCUCCCAAAAAAAGUGACUUUAUGUAUGCCUUGAUGACCCAUACAUGACUCAUGCUUUACCACAAAGGUCUCAAGACUCAACAAUUCAAAGCUUUGUUCAACUGCCUCUUGUCUAUUCUUUAAAUAGCCAUCCCACUACACGGUUUCAUCAUCAUCAUCACUCAUAAUCUCUAUCUCUCUCUCUCUCUUACUAUCUCAAGAUCACUACUCAAUCCUCUAAGAUGACAUUGAGCACAGUCCACCAACAAGUUCUUGCAUUACCAGCAGUCAAGACUGCUCCUGCAGGUUACUUGCCUUACCCAGCUUCCAUCAACAAGCUCCAAAUCCCAACUCCUUCCAAGAAGUCUGAACAAAGCAAGAAAAAAUCGAUUCUCCGAACCAAUAGCUUCACCAAUGGAACUAAAGAUCAAAGCAAGUUAGGACCAAAGCUAACUGAAACAGUCAAGAGAAAGCUAUCCCUAGGAGCUAAGAUACUUCAAAUGGGAGGCUUAGAGAAGAUCUACAAGCGGCUCUUUAGAGUCUACAAUGAAGAGAAACUCUUCAAGGCCUACCAAUGUUACCUAUCAACAACAGCAGGUCCCAUUGCAGGCUUACUCUUCAUCUCGUCAAAGAAGAUUGCUUUCUGCAGUGAGAGAUCUAUCAAAGUGGCUUCACCUCAGGGAGAUCUGACUAGGGUUCACUACAAAGUGUCAAUCCCUUUGUGCAAGAUCAAGGGAGUGGACCAGAGUCUGAACACAAAAAAACCAUCUCAGAAAUACAUUGAAGUAGUCACGGUCGAUGGCUUUGACUUCUGGUUCAUGGGCUUCAUGAGCUACCAGAAAGCAUUCAACUGUCUCGAGCAAGCACUUUCUCUCGAGCAAUAAUAAGCCGAAGGUUGAAGAGAAAAUAUUUCAUUUCUAAUUUUUUCAAUCCAAGAAUGUUAAUUUGGAAAGAGCCUAGAAAUUCAGACAAUAUUGUACAAACAUUUUUUUUUAUUAGAGCUUUAAUGUUAUUGUUAUCCGUUGUUGACAAGAGCAUGAAACUGAAUAUAUUUACUGAUAUCAUCUGUU